AUGGACGAAGAAAGCCAAUUGUUGCUGUAUGUGAGCGCUUUAAAAAGAUGUCCUUCGUUACGGUUUCAGUCUUUCCACCGGACGGUUUCAACUAGCAAAGAGGCACCCACUGAGACAUCUACUGAGACACCUACUGAGACACCCACUGAAGUAUUGUUUUCUGAAAUUAGAGGAAUUCCUGAUUCUUUAAAAAGGAACCUGACGGAUCGUGGGUUUUCCAGGACAACUCCCGUUCAAGGACGCGUUAUUCAAGAAGUGCUUCCGGAUAACGAAAACGCGGUUGUCCAGGCUAAAACAGGAACUGGUAAAACAUUAGCAUUCUUAUUGGUCGCAAUAAAGGACAUGCUAAAGGGAAAGCCUUCGUUACAUUCGAAAAAAAUUCACUCAGUUAUUCUUAGUCCGACGCGUGAAUUAGCCUUACAAAUUUUUGAGGAGGCUAAGAAGCUGACGCCAGGUACCGGUAUUAAAACUACCUUUACCAUUGGUGGUAACUCAAAAAUGUCAGAAUCGAACUCAAUCCGCAAAGGUUUUGCUAAUAUUUUGAUUGCAACUCCUGGUCGUAUAAAUGAUCACCUAACAAACCCUGAAGUGAGAAAUGCGUUAUCUGUCAACUCUUUUGUUUUAGAUGAAGCUGACCGACUAAUGGAUAUGGGAUUUGCAGAUACUAUUAAAGAUAUCCAUCGCGAUGUUGCACGUCCUUUUACCAGAAGACUUUGCUUUAGUGCUACAAUGCCGCCCAAAGUAUCAGACGUGUUUGAAGCUAUUCUUGGAAAUAAAAUUAAGAUUGUCAACUGCUUGGAUCCUAAUGAGCCUCCCACACACGAACGUGUUCCUCAAUUUGUGGUUAAGACAGAACUUGAUUCUUUGUUUCAUGACUCUCUUGCUUUAUUACAAGAACUCUCUCAACAGCCAUCUCCUCGAAUCAUUGUGUUUCUACCAACGAUCGGAAUGGCCGAUUUUCUUGCUGAUCUUUUCCAGAGUCAAUUAGAUAUCCCUUGUUAUGCCCUACACUCCCGACUUGCCACAGGCGAACGACGCCGUAUUACUGAUAAGUUUCGUAGAGCUCCCAAAGGAAUUUUAUUUGCUACCGAUGUAGUUGCCCGUGGAAUGGAUUUCCCCAAUAUUUCUCAGGUGGUGCAAAUCUUUAGUCCUUCAGCUGUUGAUGACUACAUUCAUCGCAUAGGUCGUACAGGAAGAGCCGGAAAGAGUGGUGAGUCUUACCUUGUGGUUCCUAAACAAGAGCAAUACUUCUUACGAAGCCUUUCUGAGUUGCCUAUUCAAGACUACUCAGUGGAUGGACUAUCAGAUGAAGAAAUAAUCAAGUAUAACAAGAAUAUGCAAGAUAUUUCUAGUGAUAUGCGUAUUCAAACACUGAAGACUUUAUACGCCGCGAAAUCCCAAAUAUUCGAGGAUCGUUCACAAACGAAGAAUUCGAAUGAGUUAGUUUUGAAAUUGUUUGGACUUGAAGACGAACCAGCUGCAAAACAAGAUUUGAUGUCAAGUACGUAUGUCAGGAACAUCAUAAACAAAUCUUCUCGUAUGCCCGACCGUAAGAAUCGUGGUUACCGUCAGACUUCUUUUAAGCAGUCUUUCCGAGGAAAUAAACCAUAUAAGCGCCAAUUUGAUUUUUAA